GAAGAGCUGGGGGGUCUCCUGGGUGGUGCUGGCCGGGAACAGCCUCAUCUUCUACAAGGAGCCCAAGGGACCGGCAUCCACUGCCUGGUGCCCUGCCAGCAGCCGCCCUGAGAGCAGCGUGGACUUGCGGGGGGCUGCUCUGGAUUGGGCCCGUGACCUCUCCAGCAAGAAGAACGUCAUCCACCUCCGCACUGUGACGGGUAAUGAGUUCCUGCUGCAGUCGGACCAAGAGGCCACCAUCCAGGAGUGGGCCCGGGCCAUCCGGGGAGUCAUCCGUCGGCUGCUGUCCCUGUUCACCACCAUCUCCUGCCAGGACCUGGAGAACCCCGUGGAUGCACCUGUGGGGUGGCUGCACCGGGGGUAUGCUGGGGACCUGAUGGAGCUCAGCGGGGAUGAGGACGAGGCGUCGCGGGUCACUGAGGGGGCUGGGGCUCCAGGUGCCCCCCCCACCCCUGACUCCUCAGAGAAGAAGCGGGUGAAGAGCAAACUGAGGCGCUUCAUCGUGAAGCGGCCCCCACUCCAGAGCCUGCAGGAGAAGGGGCUCAUUCGAGACCAGGUGUUCGGGUGCCGCCUGGAUGCGCUGUGCCAGCGGGAGAGCACCACAGUGCCCCGCUUCGUCCGGCUCUGUGUGGAGGCCAUUGAGGAGAGAGGCCUUGACGUUGAUGGGAUCUACCGGGUCAAUGGGAACCUGUCUGUAAUUCAGAAGCUGCGUUUUGCCGUGGACCGGGAGCGAGCUGUGACCUCAGAUGGGCGCUAUGUCUUCCCUGAGCAGCUGUGCCAAGAGGAGCGGCUCAGCCUGGCAGACCCCGAGUGGAGCGAUGUCCACGUGGUCACUGGUGCCCUCAAGCUCUUCUUCCGGGAGCUGCCUGAGCCCCUAGUGCCCUACAGGCUCUUUGACCCCUUCAUUGAAGCUAUAA